UCAAGUCCUUGCCUACGUGUACCAACAGCCAUUCGAGACAGCCUGACAGCACCUGCUCACGACUCUGAGACAUUGCGCUGGAAAAUUGCUUGAGGCAGCCAUAUCGAAUUUCCGGAACCUAGGUCCUCGCCCGUCAUGAUCAUGGCUUCGCGGCCCUCAAAGAAGAGGAGGAUCACGCCGGAGCCCGAGGCUGAUGAUCGCCAGAACCAGAAGUCGUUCUUCAAGAAUGCCGCCAACUGGGAUCUUGAACAUACCUACGAGUCCAAAGCUGCCAAGAAGGCCAAGAAGAAGGAGCGGGAGACCAGCACCCGGCUACCCAUCAAGCGUGCAGACGCCGUGCACCACGCCCCGGCAGUCCGUGACGACCUCAUCGUCGAAAGCGACGAGGAAUGGCUUGAGGGUGGUCAUGAAGAGUCGGAUCCAGAGGAAGAGGACGAGGAGCCCGAGGAGGACGUGCCCGUUGUGCCCGAGCACAUACAGAUCCGGGAGGCCAAGGAGGAGCUCGCCAAGAUAGCUCUUAUGCUCAACGAAACCCCCGAGGAGAACGCAGGUGCCUUCAAGGCUCUCGCCAAGAUCGGCCAGUCCAAGAUUCUGGCGAUCCAAAAGAUCGCCCUCGCCACGCAGCUGGCCGUGUACAAGGAUGUCAUCCCGGGAUAUCGAAUCCGCCCUCAAUCAGAAGAAGGGCCUCAGGAGAAGCUUUCCAAAGACGUGCGGUCUCUGCGCAGCUACGAGCAGGCUCUCGUACUGGGAUAUCAGAAUUACAUCAAGGAACUCGCGAAGCACGCAAAGGCUGGUCGGAAAGCGCCACAGCCAGGCGCCAAACCCGCCAAGGGGCAGAGCCUGGGAAGUAUCGCCAUCACCUGUGCCUGCACCCUGCUGACCAGCGUGCCGCACUUCAACUUUCGCAACGAGGUCGUCAAGAUCCUUGUUGGCAAGAUCAGCACAAGGAGGGUCGACGAUGACUUCAACAAGUGUCUACGAGCGCUCGAGACAUUCUUCCAAGAUGACGAGGAGGGCCGUCCAUCCAUGGAGGCAGUGUCAUUGCUCUCAAAGAUGAUCAAGGCGCGGAACUAUCAAAUCGACGAGAGCGUCAUCAACUUGUUCCUGCAUCUGCGUGUGCUUUCGGAAUUCUCCGGCAAAGGAUCGACGGACACGGUUGAGCGGGACGGCGGCGAGGGACCGAGCAGGAAGAAGUUCAAGAAGGAGUUCCGCACGAAACGAGCACGCAAGGAGAUGAAAGAGCAGAAAGCGCUCGAGAAGGACAUGGCAAAUGCUGAUGCGCUCGUCAGCCACGAGGAGAGGGAUCGCAUGCAGUCGGAGACUCUGAAGCUCGUGUUCGCCACUUACUUCCGCAUCCUCAAGCAGCGCACACCGCAGCUGAUGGGCGCUGUACUCGAAGGUCUGGCAAAGUACUCGCACUUGAUCAACCAGGACUUCUUUGGCGACCUGCUCGAGGCCCUCAAGGACCUAAUCCGCUACAGCGAUGCGCUCGCCGACGCGGACGACGAGAUCGAGGAAGACGCAGAGGAUCGUGAAGAUGGCGUGGACGCACCUGUGCGCAACCCGUCCCGAGAAGCCCUGCUGUGCACCGUCACAGCCUUCGCCCUGCUCGCCGGCCAGGAUGCCCACAACGCCCGAUCGGACUUGCACCUUGACCUGUCCUUCUUCACCACACAUCUCUACCAAACCCUUUUCCCGCUGUCCAUCAACGCGGACCUCGAGCUCGGCGCCAAGUCGCUACACCUGCCCGACCCGGAUGCUCCGCAGUCGUCCGCAGCUGCAGCGAGCCGGAACAAGAACAAGAUCAACCUGCAAACCACGACAGUGCUGCUGAUUCGGUGUCUGACCGCGGUGCUCCUGCCGCCAUGGAACAUCCGGAGUGUGCCACCCUUGCGACUCGCGGCAUUUACAAAGCAGCUCAUGACCACGGCGCUACACACGCCCGAGAAGUCGACACAGGCCAUCCUCGCGCUGCUCACUGACGUCGGCGGUUCCCACGGGCGCAAGAUUGCCAGCCUGUGGAACACGGAGGAGAGGAAGGGCGAUGGCACUUUCAACCCGCUGAGUGACAGCGUUGAGGGGAGCAACCCGUAUGCCGCGACUGUCUGGGAGGGAGAGAUUUUGCGGAGGCAUUACUGCCCCAAGGUGAGAGAGGGGGUCAAGUUGGUGGAGAAGAGUCUUGUGCAGAAGUAAAAAAUGGGUUAAUGAAGAGUAAUAGCUUCAAACAGACAGCAAUUGAAUACUUCUCGAGCGCGAAGGUGCUGUCGUCUGGAGACCUUGAGCGAAGUAGCCUGUAUGCCGCACGCUUCCCGGUUUCUUGGAAAUCACAACGAUCGGGAGGUCUGAGAUACGAAAGACUGUGGGGUUUCAUGAUUGUCUGUCAAAAGAUGGAGGUCGGAGCUCUCCCAGAGAUGUCAUCGCUUUUUAAACUGCGCAGGAUUCCUGAGUGGGCAAGAGCUCUUUCUUUCUUAACUACAAGGGCUGUGUCUUGUCUAUUUACAAUGGCAAAUUAUUCCGCAU